CCUAUGGGUAUGUUUCAUAACCAGUAGUGGUAUUGGCUUUCGAAGAGGUAGUCCACAGCUUAUGAAAAGCCAGGAUUCUACGAGUGGGGUGGAGACUAGACUGUCUCAUCCAUGAUCCACCCCAUGUUGCAAUAGCUGCUGUGGCUUACUCAAUAACUGUUUCCUACAGGAGCAGCAGGACAUUUGUCUGUCAGCACAAACAGCAAAAAACAAAUGUCUCAGCUACUUCAGCAGAGGAACUUACAUUCAUCACAGCAAUGAGAAGAGCAAAGCAUGUUACAGAAGCUGUGCUGUGUGAUUCUACUCAUCAUCCAGAGGGACACAGAAAGUACACAGUUGAUUGGGGGACGCAGGACUGUGGUACAGGGGGAGGGUGUGGACUUAUCCUGCAGACUGAUAGAGACAACCAAGGAGCUCAAACACAUAACAUGGCAGAAAAGUACUUGGGAAGAAAAACAGAAACAUAAUUGUAUGCAGAUUUAUCCAAAUGGUUUUACUGACUUUGAUGCACCAAAUGGAUUGACAGGUAGAGUCCAGUUUAUUGGAAACCCAUCAGAAAACCUUGGAUCUAUUAGAAUAACAGCUGUCAGACUGUUGGAUGAAGGCACCUUCACAUGUAUCUUCAGUGUUUUCCCCAGUGGAGCAUACAAUAUAGAGAUACCUCUGACUGUGGUUGUUCCUCCAGUGGUGAGUGUGACAGUCAAUGUUCCUCUUGUAAUUGAGGAAAAUGACAUUGUCUUGGCAACCUGUGUGGCUGCUGGUGCCAAGCCACAGGCGGAGAUGAGGUGGAACACGGGUGCAUUCAGCAGUUUGUUGAGGACGGUGACCAACUCCACCCAGCACGUCAACAGAACCACCACAGUACUCAGCCACCUGCUCGGGGUGCCAACCAGAGCAGCCAAUCACGAGCAGGUCCAGUGUGUGGUCAACCAGUCUGCCCUGGCAACAGAGAAGACCUACAACUACACCAUAGACAUCCACUAUCCACCUCAGGCAGUGAACAUUACCCUUAAUGAGACCUCUCAAACCUCAGUCCUAUGUGUAGCAGAUGGCAACCCACAACCCAACUACACCUGGAGCAGAGUGGGCAAGCCAUGGCCUGGGUCUUCAGUGAGAGCAGAGGGAGACAUACUGCACCUCCUCAGUCUCAGCUCUGAGCUGAAUGGUCUCUAUGUCUGUGAGGCCUCCAACCCCUACGGACGAGCAACUGGCUCCCUCUAUGUACACGCAUCCUCUGAGACCUCUGCUGCCUGUUGGGUUCUACUCGUUGUCAUUCUAUAUCUGAUUGUUGCUGCUGCUGCACUCGUAUGGUACUGGUGGAAAUACGGACAGUUUCCUUGGCGUUCACCAGUUCCAGGCACCAUCACGGCUCUAAUAAAUCGCCGGACGGAGUGAGGAGACAGAAGUCAUAGUGAAAGGCUAGUAGAGUAGAGCAACGCCCAGUCUCAUGGUCACACUGCUCGAAGAGCACAGCGCCAGUGUAGUCAAUACUUUGAAAGACUCAACUCAGGCUAUUGCCAGUACUAAUCACACAACGUAAUCCAAAGCAGUUAGUAUUUAACAUGCCACAUGAGCCAAGUAUUGUGAAAGAAAGCAAUAAAACACCACAUUUGAUCCUUCACAAGAUUAAACGUUAUGUUUUCUUAUUAAACGUGUUACAACAGUACAACAACAUUUAAGGUUCAUUGUAUUUACCUUCACUGUAUUUCUGCGGUUAAUAACAUACGCCAGUGUUCAAUUGUAUAGUGGGUUUCCAGAUAGCGCUUUAAGAUGUGAUUUUGAUUUGCACAGCAUGUCCUGGAUAGAGGGAAAUUACAUGUCCUUGAUUUAGAAAUGUGUCUGUGGUUGUGUGCAUUGGAUGACU